GUGACCACUUGUUCACAUGGUUUCAAGGUACAAUGAGGCACCUUGGCACUUGGAAACAUUGGCUUUGGGUAACAAUGUUCCUGCUUCCUGCUUCCACUUCUGUGACUGUCAGGGACAAGCCAGAAAAAACAUGUCCUAUACUGAGAGCAGAAGGACAUCAGCUUACACAAGACAACAGAAAUAAACUUGAAGUUUCAGGUUUUGAUCUAGGAGAGAGCUUUUCUCUGCGACGUGCAUUUUGUGAAGGUGAUAAAACCUGUUUCAAAUUGGGAAGUGCACUUCUUAUUAGAGAUACUAUUAAGAUAUUUCCCAAAGGCCUUCCUGAAGAGUUCUCUGUGGCAGCCAUGUUUCGUGUACGAAGAAGCACCAAGAAGGAACGGUGGUUUUUAUGGCAGGUUUUAAACCAGCAGAAUAUGCCACAGGUUUCUAUAGUAGUAGAUGGAGGAAAGAAGGUGGUGGAAUUUAUGUUCCAAGUUGCCGAGGGAGAUGUGUUGAACUACGUUUUUAAAAAUCGAGAACUCCGUCCUUUGUUUGAUCGUCAGUGGCAUAAACUUGGCAUUGGGAUACAGUCUCGGCUCAUUUCACUCUAUAUGGAUUGUAAAUUAAUUGCCAGCCGACAGACUGAUGAAAAGGACACUAUAGAUUUUCGUGGAAGGACAGUUAUUGUGGCACGAGCUUCAGAUGGCAAGCCUGUGGACAUCGAACUCCACCAACUUAGAAUCUACUGCAACACAAGCAUCAUAGCUCAAGAAACCUGUUGUGAAAUAUCAGACACUAAGUGCCCGGAACAGCAUGGCUUUGGAAGUACUGCGUCCUCAUUGGUAACUGCUCAUGCCAGUAAACUCUCUGCAUAUCUGCCAGCAAAGCAGGAACUCAGCGACCAGUGCCAGUGUGUUCCGAACAAGGGAGAAAAAGGACUACCAGGAGCUCCGGGUUCACCUGGACAGAAAGGAGAUAAAGGAGAAUCGGGUGCAGUUGGUAAUAAAGGUGAAGUUGGUGCUCCCGGAAUUCCUGGGGAAAAGGGUGAAAAUGGUUUACGUGGUGUUCCAGGCUUACCUGGUCAAAAGGGAGAGCAAGGUUCUCAAGGGAGCAAAGGAGAAACCGGUGACAAGGGUGAGCAAGGAGCAAAAGGAGAUCCCGGUCUGGCUGGCCUUCAUGGACAAGAUGGUUUGAAAGGUGAUUGGGGUCCUCCUGGUCCACCUGGCCCAAAAGGAGAAAAGGGAGAUACAGGACCUCCAGGACCACCAGCCUUAACUGGUUCGCUGGGAAUGCAAGGUCCCCGAGGUCCUCCUGGAAAAGAAGGGCAAAGGGUAAGUACAUCUGGAAUAACUGGCAAGCGUUACAAACUCAGGGGUUCCUCAUUUCUGAACACUAAUAGAGAUGAAACCAAAAUAUCAUUAGCAGAUGGGCAUGAGGGGAGUAUCAGCUACCCAAAGGCUGAAAUGGGAGACUGGAGGUUUCGACACAGAGGUUUUAAAUUCAGAUAA